GAACUUAUAGUCGCAACGAUAUCGACACACAACUUUAGCAAAACAGGCAGCACACACCGCAAUCGCUUGCUACGGGAAGCAACGUAUUUUUUUAAUAAAGAUUUUACAUAUACAAGCGUGCUAAAGUACAGUGAAUUUUGAAAUUGUGUUCUGUGUUCGUGUGUGAAUAUUGGCAAUAAAAAUUAGCACAACAAAAACAGCAAAAGUAAAACACGUACGCACGUCACGCGGACAACGAGAACGACGAUAACGCAAACAUCACUUAAAGAGAGAACAAAAAAAAACACUAACAGCAACUGCGUAAACUUGCAACUUUUUGAACAAGAGAACUUAUAGCUUUUGCCAAAGCGUUUAAAACAUGUCAGCCGCCGAUGUUGAGACACAGCCGCAGCAGGAGACGACGAACGGCACCACCAAAUUUGAUGUGCCCGAGAUCGAAUUGAUCAUAAAGGCAUCGACUAUUGAUGGACGUCGCAAGGGCGCCUGUCUGUUCUGUCAGGAGUAUUUUAUGGAUCUGUAUCUGUUGGCCGAGCUGAAAACGAUCAGUUUGAAGGUGACCACAGUGGAUAUGCAGAAGCCACCACCAGAUUUUCGAACCAAUUUCGAGGCGACACAUCCGCCAAUUCUGAUUGACAAUGGUUUGGCCAUAUUGGAGAAUGAGAAGAUCGAAAGGCAUAUCAUGAAGAAUAUACCUGGCGGCUAUAAUCUCUUUGUGCAGGAUAAGGAGGUGGCAACGCUAAUUGAGAAUCUAUAUGUGAAAUUGAAGCUGAUGCUGGUCAAGAAGGAUGAUGCCAAGAACAAUGCCCUUCUCUCGCAUCUCAAGAAGAUCAACGAUCAUUUGGCCAAUCGCAAUACCCGAUUCCUCACCGGCGACACCAUGUGCUGCUUCGACUGUGAGCUCAUGCCUCGUCUCCAGCACAUUCGCGUUGCGGGCAAAUACUUUGUUGACUUUGAGAUACCGACCCAUUUGACGGCGCUUUGGCGUUACAUGUAUCACAUGUAUCAGCUGGACGCAUUCACACAAUCAUGCCCGGCCGACCAGGACAUCAUCAACCACUAUAAGCUGCAACAGAGUCUCAAGAUGAAGAAGCACGAGGAACUGGAGACGCCCACGUUUACCACAUCCAUUCCAAUUGAUAUUUCGGAGUAAAGUUCUAAAGAGCCAUGCACAGUUAUUAUUAUUAUUAUUAUUGUACUUUUUUUUUGUGUGACAACUUUACAACUACAACUGCAACUAUCAGCGACCACUUUGAAUGACAACAACAUACUACAACUAUACAAAAUGAAUAGAAUAUGUAUAUAUACAUAUAUACAUAACAUACAAUAAUACUUAUACAUAUGGUAUACAUAUAUUUAUAUGACUUUAUAUAGAUACGCGAUAUGAUAACAAGCAAUUGUUCUUUUUUAAGCAGCCACCGUUGCCUUCCUCUAAAAGCUAUGCAUUUUUUUAUUUGACUUGUAUUUUAAACAACAAUUUCGAUUUAAUUGCCCACCUGAGUGUGUAUUUUUUCUGUUUAAUUUUUUAAAUUAAAGCUAUAAUGUAUUUGAUAUGCAUAAAAAUUACCUACA